UGACGUGACCGGCACGUUUUCGACAUGCUUGCCAAUGCUUGCGCAUCAGCCUGGUUGCGGAGAUACUUUUCGAUCGUACUCGUAUAUAAUUUCGCUUUAAGUUCUUCUGUUUUAACCGCGACGGAAUGGUCGAGAUAGUACGGACGGCAGACGAAGAAGAUCUGUAUGCAUACAUCAACAAUGUUGUUUCUCAGGCUGCCGAUUCCGCGUUCUUGCACGGCGACGGCCUUUUCCGAAUCGGAGUAUCGGGAGGCUCUAUGGUGGAUGUGUUAGCAAAAUGUUUACCAAAGAUCAAAACCGACUGGAGCAAGUGGCGCAUAUUUUUCUGCGAUGAACGGAUUGUGGAGCCGAAUGAUGAACGCUCAAAUUUAGCACUCUACAAGAACAGCUUUAUCAACAAAGUACCAGUUACCGAGGAGCAGUUCAUACAAGUUGAUCCUAAUCUUUCUGCGGAAGAUGCGGCGAUGGAUUACAUUAAAAAGAUUUCAUCAUUCUUCCCACCGGACAGAUUUCCUCGGUUCGAUUGCUUGCUACUAGGUGUGGGUCCUGAUGGGCAUACCUGCUCAUUGUUUCCAAACCAUACGCGUGCUCUGGAAGAGAUAAAUAUGUGGGUCACCUGGGAAGUGGAUGCGCCAAAACCACCUCCUUGUAGGAUUAGCCUCACCCUGCCGGUUAUUAACAAUGCACGUGUGUGCAUUUUCAUCGCUACCGGCUCCUCUAAAGCUGACAUUGUGAAGAGGAUAUUAGAGAACAAAGAAGAUCUACCGGCUAGCAGGGUAAAACCAAACAACGGUGUUCUCUAUUGGCUGCUUGACAAAGAUGCUGGCAGUUUGCUUGACAGCACACCUUAAAUUCGAGACUGAUAGCACAACUAACGAUCGCAGUACCUGAAAAAAA